UUAACUUUACACUUAAGAUGGCCGUAUUCACCUCUAUCGCUUGCAACAUCCACUACAAACAAAGGAGAUGAUGCUAUCACAAGUAUCUUCCUUGUCUCCAACGAUGAUGCCAAUGCCGAGGCACGACUGGGCUCUGACGAACCCGGAGCUCGCUCGAAGCCCUCCCCUCAGGCCCCUCACGCGUCGCAUCGGAUCCGCACCCCCAGAGGUACAAAACUGAUGUACCCCCCUGAUUCCUCUUUCUAGCUCUCUCGAACAUCUCAAGCUCGUCACAGUCGUUCAAUUCAACAUGUCGAACACUGUCCAGCGCCUCUCGAACCUCAUCUCGCUGACAGUCAACAACAUCGCACUCAAUCCCAUCCUCGCGGCGCCGCUUCUCUUCAUACUUACUAAGGGGCCCCCUCAGUUUCAGGAGCAUUUGUUCAAAAGAGUUGCAGCUCUAAGAGACCCUGAGAAGCUAGCGAAGAUUGUGAAGGGCCUGAAAUGGCUGCUCGCAUUGGGAUUAGUGGGGAGCGCCAACAAACAGCUGAAUAAAAUUGCGCUGAAUGCAUGGAGAUUGAGGGGCCAGAAGAAGAAGUGGGAUUGGAAUAAGGAGAUUGCUGUUGUGACGGGUGGAUGUAGUGGGAUUGGACUGCUGGUGGUGAAGGGACUGGUGAGGAAGAACGUGAAGGUCGCGGUGCUGGAUAUUCAACAGUUACCAGUGGCACUGCAAGGCUAUGCCAACAUUAAGUUCUUCGCUUGCGACAUUACAGACGCUACAGCCGUGAACACGACUGCCGAGCGAAUCCGGGCCACAAUGGGUUCCCCUACAAUUCUAGUCAACAACGCUGGGAUUGCCAAUGCCCACAGUAUCCUUGAAACCUCAGAUGAGUGGUUGCGCAAGAUCUUUGAUGUGAAUUUGCUCAGCAACUUCACAACUGUGAAGGCCUUCCUGCCCGACAUGAUUGCGAACAAUAAGGGACAUAUUGUAACCGUCGCGAGUCUCGCAAGCUUCAUUGCUGUAGCAGGCAUGGUGGACUACUCUGCCACCAAAGCUGGUGUAUUAGCAUUCCAUGAGGGACUCAACCAAGAGCUCAAGAACCACUACAAAGCCCCAGGAAUCCUCACCAGCUCAAUUCAUCCCAACUGGGUCCGGACACCACUUAUCCAAUCCUGGGAGAAGGAACUGCGGAAGACAGGCUCAGCGCUGCUAGAACCGCAGCAAGUUGCUGAUGCGGUUGUUAAUCAGAUCGCUAGCUGCUCCGGUGGGCAGGUAUUCCUUCCGAGUAAUUCAGCGAAGAUUGGUGCGUUGAGGGGUUGGCCGAAUUGGAUCCAAGAGGGCAUUAGAGAUGGGACGAGUGCGUCUGUGUUGCCCAAUGUGGCGAAAUAAAUAAGAGCAGCAAGAGGAGUAGGUCGGUG